AUUUCAGUAAAAUGUUUGUUAAACAUCAUUGCUGACUGAGACUCGGUCAAAGUAAGCCUGACACAUCAGAGUCGUUCACUGAAGGUGGGAUUGUGGAGUUUUCGUCACAAUGCGCUUGUCGAAAGCUCUGAUAGAAAUGGAUUUGCCAGAUUACACCGCUGCCUUGGAUCCUGCUUAUACAACUCUGGAGUUUGAGAGCAUGCAAGUGCUGGCAAUGGGCAAUGAGACAUCUCCAUCUGAAGCCACCAACAUGAACGUGUCCAACAGCCUCGGUGUUGGUGCUCUUUGCGCGAUCUGCGGUGACCGAGCUACAGGGAAGCAUUACGGAGCUUCCAGCUGUGACGGCUGCAAAGGCUUCUUCCGACGAAGUGUCCGAAAAAACCACAUGUACACUUGCAGGUUUAACAGACAAUGCAUUGUAGACAAGGACAAACGGAACCAAUGUAGAUACUGCAGAUUAAAAAAGUGCUUUCGUGCAGGGAUGAAAAAGGAAGCUGUGCAGAAUGAAAGAGACAGAAUAAGCACGAGAAGGUCAAGCUACGACGACAACAGUCUGCCUUCAAUAAACGCACUCAUACAAGCAGAGGUUCUAUCUCGACAGAUUUCUUCGCCUGCAUCAGUUAUAAACAGUGACAUCCGAUCUAAGAAGAUUGCAGUGAUAAGUGACGUGUGUGAGUCUAUGAAACAGCAACUGUUGGUGCUGGUGGAGUGGGCCAAAUACAUCCCAGCUUUCUGUGAACUUGCGCUGGAUGACCAGGUCGCUUUAUUACGAGCCCACGCUGGGGAACAUUUACUGCUCGGAGUUGCAAAGCGUUCUAUGAUGUACAAAGAUGUUCUGCUCUUAGGGAACGACUACAUCAUUCCACGCAAUUGCCCGGAGCUGGAAAUAAGCCGUGUGGCAACUAGAAUUCUCGACGAACUAGUCCAGACGUUUCAGGAGAUCCAGAUAGAUGACAACGAAUAUGCUUGUUUAAAGGCCAUUGUUUUCUUUGAUCCAGAUGCCAAGGGUCUCAGUAACCCAGCCAAGAUCAAGCGCAUGCGGUUCCAGGUACAAGUCAGCUUGGAGGACUAUAUCAAUGACAGACAAUAUGACUCCCGAGGGCGAUUUGGAGAGUUGCUGCUAUUGCUGCCCACUCUACAGAGUAUCACCUGGCAAAUGAUCGAGCAGAUCCAGUUUGUCAAACUCUUUGGAAUGGCUAAAAUUGACAACCUGCUUCAAGAGAUGCUUCUGGGAGGUACAGCAAAUGAGACACCACAUACACACCACUCACUACAUCCUCACCUGGUCCAGGAACAUCUAGCAAGUAACGUAAUAGUAACCAGCACAAUGCCGGCCCCUGUGCACAAUGGGCAGAUCUCGACACCGGAAACACCUUUGCCAUCUCCUCCCGGAGGUUCAGCUUCAGAGCCGUACAAACUGGUAUCAGGUUCUCUCCCAUCAGUAUCAAAACCACCAGUGCCCAUCCCGAAACAGGAAAUUAUUUAACAUCGCGCCUGCACUGGUGGGAAACAUCGAAAGGCAAAAUUAAGAAAUAAAUAACUCUGUAGAUUUUCUACACCAAGAGGACUGCUCGAUGAGAAUGUUAUUUCAAUGAGGACAAUGUUCUAUUUUUACUCGACGAAGCAAUUAAAUCCAACAUUAAGCAAAGGUAGAUGUUUAACUGGCUGUCAGAUAAAUAUUGUAUCCCUGUGUAUUCAAAAGACUAAUGUGGAAACAUUGGCUCGAUUCAUUCAAUUAUUUAGGAUUCCACAUGUGUAUUGCCAACUAUUUCUUGCUUCUUAAGGGUUGAUUUUAACUCUGUCCACCAAGUGGAUAAAGUGGAGCAGACUUUCGAUGAAUUAUAAAUUUAAAUAAUAUUAUUAAUGGCAUAGUGUUCACCCCAAGUUCCUAAUGUUCCAGCCAUACCUAGGCUGACCUAGAACAGUGCUGGAUUAGUGUUCAUUUGAAGGCAGAUGAGGGCAUCAUAUUCAGAGAUCAUGGACUGAAUGCUAAUUUAACUGACAACUUAAGAAGUGCAACGGGCAGUGAGGUAGCUUGGAUGAGACAGGUUUCAAAAUUGAACCUCUUUGGUGCAGCAGUAGAUUUGAUGCCUCACAGUGCCAGAGACCCGGGUUCGAUCCUGACUACAGGUGCUGUCUGUACGCAGUUUGCACAUUCUCCCCGUGACCGCGUGGGCUUUCUCCGGGUGCUCCGGUUUCUUCCCACAGUCCAAAGACAUACAGGUUUGUAGGUAAAUUGGCUUCUGUAAGUUGUCCCUAGUGUGUGGGCUAGAGCUAGUGCACGGGUGAUGGAUGCUCAGCUUGGACUCGGUGAGAUGAAGGGCCUGUUUCCAUGCUGUAGCUGUGAACUAAACUAAACCCUCUUACACUUUGCCAACCCAGCUCAGUGUCCAUACCUUCAAUUAUCACCAACCCUGAAUCAUUUCCCCAGACCCGUCUCUUGCUGGUCUCAGCUGUCAGCUCAGUCCUCAUUUCCACUGGUCUUUGGUGUUCCACCAGCCUAACCUGCUGAUGGAGCACCCCUCCACAUUCAUCGAACCCCGUAUAACAUCUCCUGCGCUCCACCCACAGUCCAGGUUAAAAUCAUCCUUUUACUUUUACAAUUGAACGUGAUUGUACAACUUCAAGUUGUAGUGUUGUAUGUGGUAAGCAAGAUGCCUAGAACUUGAACUAAAAACAGCAACAAUGCUGGAAAUACUCAACAGGCCAAGCAACGUCUGUGAAGAGAGAAAUAUUGUUGACAUUCCAAAUCGAUGAGUUUUCAUCAGAACAAAAAGAAGGAAAAGUCGGGAACAAACGAUUUACAUGUUGGAGAAAAGGGGGAGAAAUAGAGAAAACAUUGGUUAUUAUUGUCACAUUCACCAAGAUGCAGUGAAAAGCUUUUGUUUGCCUGCUGUCCAUUUCAAUGAGAUAAUAAUGUACAUCCUAUACAAUCAAGUCAAUCACAAGUAAAUGUGUACACAUAGACAUAGACACACGCAUACAUACACAUGCACAUUUACAUAUACACCUACGCAAACACAAACACAUACACCUGCACAUAUACAUAUACUGUACAUACACAAACACAUACACAAACGUACACAUAUACACAUACACCAACUGUAUUCUUUGGUGGAGAGCAAGAGAGAGGCUGAAUGACAAAAGUGGUGAUAGAGAUGGCUGGUGCAGACAUGGUAAUACCCACUCAUCUCUCUGGAGGUGAUGUAAAAGAGAGAGAUGAACAGAAAACGGAGGAUACAAAACACUCCUGAAACUGUGACACACCAAUCAAUACAGCUCGGAAAUCAGAAAUUAGAGAAUGUUCCUAUUUAUCUGUCAUCGAUACAGAUGAACUGCAAUUUCCAGUCGGUGAUUAACAAGCCGUUGUUUUCUAAGUGUUUUUUCAUUCUGAUGAAAAGUCAACUUGGAAUGUUCACUGUCAUUCUCUCUCACAGAUGCUGGCAUCCUGCCAAGUACUUCCAGAAAUGUUUGUUUUUGUUAUACAGAUACAGGUCCACCACUGAUUAUCCAGCACCCUUGGUUCCAGAGCUUUUUACCAUGUUAUCCGUUUUGCCGGGCCAAAAGAGGUCACUGCCUGCGGGGGGGGGGGGGGGAGACACAGAUGACGGCCAACAAAGUCGGCCUCGGAAGUGGGAUAUGGGAACGGAUUUGACCGCUCCGGCCGGGCCGGAGUUCCAGAGCGCCGGCCCCAGCGGGCAAAUUCGACCCAUCGAUCGGCACGGAAGUCUCACCCGGCCGAGGUGCCAUAUCUUCGGGGGGUCUUCCGGGUGGGGAUUUCAAGUGCGCUCUCGUGAUUUUAUCCGGAUUAAAGGAGGUGCCGAACCACUAGCUUGCUGGACAAUCAGUGGUGUAUCUGCAGUUUCAUUUCUCAACACUCUUAAGAAAUCAAAUGUGAUCAGUCACCACAAUCAGGAUGUGAACUGGGUUUUGACGUGGACCCACGAUGAAUUAGCAAGGUUUUGGUUCUGAAUGGGGUUUUUUUUCUCUUUAGUGGAGAACCUCCUUCUCUGAAUGUUUAUCAAAUCUAAUAUUUAUGCUUUUAUAAUAUUCCGAGAUGUUGUAUGAUUCCACUACUUUUCUUUUCUUCAUGUGCCAUAUUUUUAGAUUGCCCUUCAGAGUAUUUCUGUAAGUCAAAUCUGAGUAGGUGUACAUAUCAGAAAAUGGAUCUCAUGAGAAUUAUUUAAUAGAUUUAAAGUAUUUGAAGAAGAAUUUAUUUUUGCUGGCUACGGUAAUGAUAAUUACAUCAAAAAUGUUUAAUGUAAACUCCAUUUUAUUAAAACAAGGAAUAGCUCACUUCCAUGGGCAUAACAUGAUGCCAAAAUGUGUAUAAUGUACACAACGUGAGCAAUUUGGCACUCACAUCCCUGUUAUAUCAGCUGGACUUAACUGAACAACCAGCCAAGUGCUAACAACUUGACUUGUCUUAAAACACGCGCUUCAUCAUGGUCUAACUGCAAAGCAUUUAUAACAGAUUGCUAAAGGGAUCACACAUGCACCAAAUACUGUAGAAAAAAGACUAUUGCCCAAUGCCUCCAAGAGUAUAACAAUGACUAACCUACAGAUGUACUUCAGAACCCCAAUUCCAACUUUGGAAUGUCCUGUCUUUGCAGAAAGUCCCCAACAGCUGUUAGCAUUUAUUUCCCUUUUCAUGUUAUUUUGAGGGAAUCUUUACCAAGGCACUCAAAUACCCAAUAAUUGUUCCAAAAUUAGCUUCAUAGUUCAAGUAGGUUUUCUAUAGAUGCAAGGUUUGCUGCUGUGCAAAUGAAUAUUAAGUGGACUUUAUGCCUCAGUAGGGUGGCAUGGUGGUGCAGUGGUAGAGCUGCUGCCUUACAGCGCUAAAGUCCCGGGUUCGAUGCUGACCCCGGGUGCUGACUGUGUGGAGUUUGCACGUUCUCGCUGUGACCACGUGGGUUAUGUCCUGGUGCUCCUGCUUCCACUCACAACGCAAAGGCAAGUGGGUUUGUAGGCUAAUUGGCCUCUGUAAAGUUGCCCUUUGUAGAGAGAGAAUGCAGAAGUGGGAUAACAUAGAACUAGUGUGGACGGGUGAUCAAUGGUGGGCAUGGACUCAGUGGGCCAAGGAGCCUGUUUCCAUGCUGCAUCUCUAAAAACUAAAAGCAAUAUAAAUCCAUAUAAUCCUUUCUGAGCAAAUGCAAUUUUUUUUUAAUGCCCAUAAAUAUAUUUUUAGAGAAAUAUGAGAAGCCUCGUAACACAUCCUCCAGCAAGUUUAUCAUUUGGAUCUGUGUACAUUGAUCUCGUAAGCCAGCAUAGAUUUGUAUAACAGAGUGGACUGUCUCUGCCAACUUGGCUUCAUCUACUGUAAAAGUCAUUCAAUUCAGGGUGCACUACCUCAGGUAUAUUUCACUUAAAAUAGACCCACAUAAUUCACAUUAAGCAUAUUUUCGCCUUACAAUUUUUAAACAAGAAUUGUUUAUUUCAAUCUAUUAAUAAUGACCCAGUGACAAUGUGUUCAUAUUUUAAUUUCAGUUUGUUGGGAUGUAUCAAUUAAAAUAUAUUCUGUCUUUAUUAGUGCUAUAAAUCGUAACAUUUCACACAAGUUCUUUGUUUUAUCUGAGGCCAGAAUUAUAAAUGUCCAAAUAUUGUUAUUUUACUGAUUAAAAGCCAGCAAAUGUUAUUUUUGAUAUGAUUGUCCAGCCAAAUAUCCCUGUAAAUUCCUUCAUCUAUAAUCAAACUUUCUGUGCUCUAACAUAUUUAUUGCAUACCGUUUUUAUACCAAAGUGUUUUAUUUAACCCUUUUCUGAAGUCCUCAAAUGCACUUGAAGUUACAUGCCCAAUGUAACAUGUCCUUGCUUCUUCCAGAAUAAUAUCUGACCUUUAUUAAUAAACAGAAGACAUAUCCCAGUGUGAAAAAACUUCACUGGAUUGUAAAGAGCAUGCUUAAAUACAUAGAUAAUUCGGUACUAAUGAAUAGAGCAUUUAAAGCAUUCUCCAUGUUAAUUCCUGCAACACCGAUCAGUUUCUCAAAGAUUCGUGAGGUCAUUUGGAUUGGUUUUACCUAUCUCGAACGGGUACUGAAAGUUUUUAAAGCAAUCUUACUACAAUGCAGAUGCAGGGAACUGCAGAUGCUGAAAUCAUGAGCAAAACAAAAAGUACUG